CCCCCAAGAGCCCUUGACAAGAUCUGCAAACUAGACCGCAUAUCGCAAAUCUUCAUUUAUUGCCAUCGCAUUCACCAUGGCGCUUCCACCUCCACUACACAAUAUCCUAUUCACAAUACCACGCACAGCAUCCAACCUAGUCACGCAACUGCUCAAUCUCCCAGCCCAGCCAUCCAUCUCACGACACCCACGCGACGGCUACUUUUUCCUCCCUGCAUUAAGCUACCGGUACAAGCACGAUACCUUCAGCCGCGCCAUCGCAUCCUGGACCGUACAAGAGCAAACCGGCAUGCGCAAUGCAUUGCAAACGAGCCUAGACGCGUGGAAAGCUUGGAUUGACCAAGCAGAGCGUGAGGGGAAAGGCACGUUCAUCAAAGAGCACGUGAACUGGAUGAUAGCUACCGAUGCCGAAUCGCACUACCUCCACGAGGGAAGAAAAGAUGGGGAGGAGAGUACUAUCGCGCACAAUCCGACUUGCGUACCGGACGUUUUCUUGCUGAACAAUGUACGCGCGACGUUCCUUGUUCGGCAUCCUGCGCUCACGUUCCCUAGCUUGCUCCGCUCGGCGCUUGAUAACGAAGGCGUGGAUCAAGUACUUGAAGAGUCUACAGAGAAUGCUAUGCGUUGGGAAGCUACGUAUCACUGGCACGUAGCCGUGUACAAGUUCCUCACUUCUUCGCCACGCGCUUCAAACACGCACCGUCCUCUCAUACUCGAUGCAUCCGAUCUUUCUAACCCGGAUCUGGUGCGCAAAUACGCUGUGGCUGUGGGAUUAGAUCCGGAAUUGGUGAGGUUUGAAUGGGAUGCAGUUAGUUCAGAGGAGCAGGAGCGUAUGGGGAGUGUGGAGGCGAGGAUGAAGGAUACACUGUUGAAGAGUCGGGGCGUGGUGUUGGGUAAGCUGCAAAGUGGGGAUGAAGUAGAUGUUGGGCGGGAGAGGGAGAAUUGGAGUGCGGAGUUUGGAGAGGUGCUAGGUGAGAGGUUGGUGAGGUUUGUGGACGGGGCGAUGGGGGAUUACGAGUGGUUGUGGGACAGGCGGUUGAGGGUUUAGCUGGAGUGUCGAUUGGUAAGAGAGUGUACGUGUACGUCUGAACUGUGUUACUACUUUGAGCCAUGUGUAGCACUUCGGGAGUGAUUCGGGGAGAUGGCGUGCGAAUGCGUCGUCUUGCGUCUUCCUCUUAUUGUGUUGAUUCCUCGAUUAGCGCUAAGCUGGCAACAACACCUCACUCCUGGACUUUCUGAUACUGCUAUACAUCUCAUCUCACGACGGA